UUUUAACUAAAUUUAUUUCUAGCAACAUGAGUUGGGGAGCUAAGGCUCGAGCAAUGGACAUAGAGCCUAACAUUUUCCAGAACAGUAUCUUAAAAGCUGAACGUAAGAGGUUUAACCUCAAAGAUUACAGCAUUUCUGAUGGAGACUCCGUUGGAGGAGACUCUAAACUGCCUAAGAGAAGUAUUAAGGACAUCUUCGGAAAUACUGGCAUUGAUAGCAGCAGGGCAAAACAAAGGCCUAUCAGAUAUGAUGACAACACUUCGACAGGCAGCCUAGAACGUGACCAAGAGAGUACGCUUCAUCCUCGACUUAAUACUGGUGGUUUCAACUCAAGCAGUACUAAAAAUUUAACUGCGUAUGAUAAGAUGAGAAAAACCGUUGAUGAAAAUUGUUUCUCUCACAAACUCUUGCCUCGGAGCAAGAAGCUCUAUGAAGGAGGACUCAUCGAUAAGCAUAGAGAUUUUAGAACCCAUGCUUUUGAAUCAUUCGAAAAUGAAAAGACAGAUCACUCAUCUCUAAAGUAUCAUACUCCCAUUAAGAGCAACAGCAGCUCAAAAUUUGAAUUCCAAAAUGGACUCUCAAGGCUAAAAGAUAACAGAAAAUCAGUCAGCAUAAAUGAAAAGUUCAAUGAAAUCCAGAACUAUGACCCUGAAGAACACACAAGUAGUGCUAAAGAUGGGCUAACCUCCCAUCUUCGCAAAUUCCUGUUCAAAGAACUUGAUAAAAUGAGAGACGAUGUGCGCAAAAGUAACAGUCAUCUCAGCAAGAGCAUAUCUGACAAUGAGGAGUUUUACUCAAGCAAGCUAGAUGACCUUAAGAGAAAAGUUAAAUCAGAAAUUAUUCCAGCUUCGGAUAUCCAACGGCUAGUCGAGCACACUAUAGACUCCAAGCUGAGAGAAAUGAAUGUAACAGACAAUUCUGAUAAUAGAGAACACUCUAAGACUCAGUUGCAGGUACAUACAUUGGCAAACCACUUUAAAUCAUGCCAAAAGCUGGUCAAAGAGCUUCAGAGCGACAUUGAUGUUCUAACCAAAAGAAUCGAUGAGUCCGAAAGAAAAUCUGGCAUGAACGAGAUGGACUACGACCGCAAGCAAAGGCUUGUUGACAACCAUAUCAAUGAAGUUAAAGAUGACUCAAAGAGUUACACAGACUCUGAGGUUUCCAAAUUAGAUUCUCGCUUGGAAGUCUUAGAAAAUAAAAUGAAAAAGGAUAAAGCCAAGCUAGGAAAAAUCAAGCCAUCAAAUAUAGACAAUGCGAAAGCAGUAGAGCCCCUUCUUAGCGAUCUCAGGAGAGAAGUUGAAACUUCUAUCAGAAAAAUCAACUCUCAAAUUAGUCAGAUUGAGGGAGAUAAUGACAAAAGAGAUAUUAAUUUAGCGAAUAUCUCUACUAAGACAGACAACAUCAAGAAGACUAAUAUCAAGGACUUGCAGGACUUGUACCAAAGGAUAAAUGAAAUAGAGGAUAGAGUAGAAGAUACCGAUAUGAAUAUCACUAAGAAAGUUAACAUUCUCAAAUCUAGCCAAGUGACUAAGGCCACUCCUGAGAUAAACGCACAGGCAAUAGAAGGCAGAUUGGAAAGACUUGAGACUAUCUCUGUUCGUCACGGGAAACUUUUUGACGAGAUCACACCCAACAUGGACAAAUUAGUCACUCAGACUAACCAGCUAAAAUCUAAGUCUAGUUUAGAACCCCAAGAGAUUGAGGAGUAUACCGAAGGAAUUGCCAAUGACCUGAGAAAGGAAUUUGGCAGUAAAAUAACUUCUCUUGAGAAAGAAACCUCAAAGUUUGACCUCAAGGACAUUGAGAAAUACACUGAAGGAGUAGCUGAAGACCUUAAGAAGGAAUUCGAGGCUAAAUUAGCAGACCUUGAAGACCUAAUACGGGAUGAUAACGAAGCAGAAUUUAGAGAAGAAGUCUUUAAGGAAAUCGAUGGUAUUAAGUCAGCAGCAAUUGAAGAUAUUAAGCUCCUUGAUGAAAAUCUCAAAACUUUAGCAAAUGAUUUCCAUAUCUAUAAGGAUAAUAACAAGCCAUGCAGGUGCGAAGACAAAAUUACUGUGAUUGAAGAGGUGCCGAUCAAAAGGCCAAGAUCAAUGAACAGAUCUAUAGUUGAGAGUUCCGCAGAUAAUCCUCAUCAAUAUGAAAUCUCAGCCAGAAAUGAGUUAGAUAGAGUCCAUCAACCUCGUGUUAUGGAGAAAAGAAGCAUUUCUCAAAACCAUGAAGAACCUCCUUCCAGUAGUAUCGUUUACAUUGGUUCUCAGAAAUCUCUUGAUACAAGAGGAAGAGAAUUAAACAGAAGUAAUGAAAGAAGAGAAAUUUCAGGCACACCUAAAAGACACAUAAAUAGCUCAAUGUACUCAACCCCAAGCCUCGGGAGAAAGAACAGACCUAGCUGAGAAACCUCCCAAGCAAGGGAAGAAUUCUCCAACCCUAGAGUAAACCAAGACCUCAGGUAUGAAGCCCAACACGAAGAUUCCUCCCUCAACUCCCCUUGCUUCACCGCUUCUAAAAGACACAUUGCACCCAGAGAGGGUAUCCCCACUAGCGAACUUGACUACAACCACCACCCAAUCCCUCCUUACAAACCCGACCCCGCCUCCAACAGCCCUCACAAAAAGACCUACAGCCCAAACUCCCCAUCACUAGCAAACCCCAGAACAAUAAACAACAAGUACACCUACUACAGUGACGCCAAGUCAAAAUAGUCCACUACAGACCCCCCUAAGCUAUAAUUUAU